CAAACACUAACUAAUCGCAAAGGUAACCCAUGAAAGGAAGCAGGUCCAGAUUCAUGGGAGAGCAGCGCUGUGUGUGCUGCUGCCUGCCUAAUUAUGAUUUAUUCCCACACACCCUGUACGUAGAUGAUGCAAAAAUUUACGGGAUUUGAGCGGGAUAUGAUACACUCGUCGCAACGUUCGAAUUCUCCGUUGAUAGUGUCAAUCACCGGCCGGCGAAAUCUCUUUGCCGGUUGCAUGCACCCCUCGCCUUACAUAUAAACCCACACACCUGCGUCCCUGAUCACACCCACACACCCACACACCUGAGUACCUGACCUGUUAAUUUCUCCUCUUCCUCCGGCGUCGUCGUCGAGGAGAUCGUUCGAUCGACUGAUCAGCGAUUAGGCGUGAGAUAGAGGAGGAGGAACGGAUUGUGGUUUUCUUGAAUUGUUAGGUUGGGUUGUGGUUAUGAUGAUGCAGGGGGGUAGGAUUGCGAGGAGAGGGUUGUCGAGGCUCGCAGCGGCGGUGGAGACGGCCGCCGUCGCGCCGCCGAGAAUGGCGGACUUCAACCACGUCCCGCUCCCCUACGACGGCCCGUCCGCCGCCGAGAUCGCACGGAAGCGCGCCGAGUUCCUCAGCCCGUCCCUCUUCCACUUUUAUUCCAAACCACUGAACAUCGUGGAGGGUAAGAUGCAGUACCUGUUCGACGAGCGCGGGCGGCGCUACCUGGACGCGUUCGCCGGCAUCGCCACCGUGUGCUGCGGCCACUGCCACCCGGACGUCGUCGGCGCGAUCGCCGCGCAGGCCGGCCGCCUGCAGCACUCCACCGUGCUCUACCUCAACCACGCCAUCGCCGACUUCGCCGAGGCGCUCGCCUCCAAGAUGCCCGGCGACCUCAAGGUUGUGUUCUUCACCAACUCCGGCACGGAGGCGAACGAGCUCGCCAUCAUGAUGGCGCGGCUGUACACCGGCUCCCACGACAUCAUAUCGCUCCGGAACUCCUACCACGGCAACGCCGCUGGCACCAUGGGCGCCACCGCGCAGAAGAACUGGAAGUUCAGCGUCGUCCAGAGCGGCGUGCACCACGCCGUGAACCCGGACCCGUACAGGGGCGCGUUCGGCUCCGACGCCGAAAAGUACGCGCGCGACGUGCAGGAGAUCAUCGAGUUCGGCACCACCGGGCAGGUCGCCGGCUUCAUAUCGGAGGCGAUACAGGGCGUCGGUGGGAUCGUGGAGCUGUCGCCGGGGUACCUGCCGCUGGCGUACGAGGCGGUCCGGAGCGCCGGCGGGCUGUGCAUCGCCGACGAGGUCCAGGCCGGCUUCGCGCGCGUCGGCAGCCACUUCUGGGGGUUCGAGACCCACGGCGUCGUCCCCGACAUAGUCACCAUGGCCAAGGGCAUCGGCAACGGCAUCCCGCUGGGCGCGGUGGUGACGACGCCGGAGAUCGCGCAGGUGCUGACAAGGCGGUGCUACUUCAACACGUUCGGUGGCAACCCGCUGUGCACCGCCGGCGGGCUCGCCGUGCUCCGGGUGCUCGAGAAGGAGGGCCUCCAGGCGAACGCCCACGCCGUCGGCUCCUACCUCAAGGACCGCCUCCGCGCUCUCCAGGACAAGCACGAAAUUAUCGGCGACGUGAGGGGGACGGGUUUCAUGCUCGGCGUCGAGCUGGUGACGGACAGGCAGCUCAAGACGCCGGCGAAAGACGAGAUUUGCCGCGCCAUGGAGCACAUGAAAGAGAUGGGCGUCUUGGUCGGCAAAGGCGGCUUCUACGGGAACGUCUUCAGGAUCACUCCCCCUCUGUGCUUCACCAAGGAGGAUGCCGAUUUCUUCGUCGCCGUGAUGGACUCUGCACUGUCCAAGCUCUGAAACCUGCUCUGCACGGAUGCUAGAAGAGUAGAAGGCCAUCAAAGAUGUUUCACAAUCUUCAUCAGAGAUGCAUGGUUUCAUGAACAGUUCAGGAAAAUUGUUCACUCCUUGAUGCUUCGAUGCAUUUCUUAUUUGUCAGAAACUUGUAGAGAGAAUCUUGGAAAUCUCAAUCAGUCUUGGUUGAGUCUUGUAUAUAUAGAUAUAAUAAAUAUACGUGUGGUAUCCUAUAUUUAAGUAUACCGAUACCAAUUAAUUUACGGUUCAAAACUUGCACGCA